AUGGCCCCAUAUUUGGUUAGCCAGUCCACUGCAAAUAUGAUGUCGUAUUCAUGUAGAUCCAAAAUUAACAGAUCGAUUGUCAGUUCGCGACCUUCUACCCAGACUGGUACAGCUCUAACCCAGACCGUACCAGCAUGUCCUCUCCGGAAGCAGUUGGUAUUGAUUGCUCUCCGGGCAAGAGAACAACUGAGAAAGUUCCUGUUUGCAACUUCCAUGAGGAUUGGCAUAUCUGAUAUUACUAUAGCCAUAUCUGUUUCAAGCAUUCCUUUUCAAGGUUCUAAUGUCAUUAUCUUCCUUGUGGCUGCUAAAAACGUAAUUCAUCAAUUUUCUGAAAAAAUUGAUUCUUGUAUUGAUAAUCGCCUUGUUUGUUCUUGUUAUGUCUAUAGGAUGAAGAUCUUAUCUUUUUCACCCUCAGAACCUCAUGAACAGCUGCAAGACAAUAAUCAUGUUAGACCAAAUAAAAGAUUCCUGGUUAAUACUGCUGAUGGACAACCUCUUGAAUCGGAGCCAAAAAAUGUUUUGAACUCCGUUAAAGAUUCCUUGGAUGCGUUCUAUAGGUUUUCUCGGCCACAUACAGUCAUAGGCACGGCAUUGAGCAUAGUCUCAGUUUCCCUACUUGCAGUCGAGAAGCUUACAGACUUUUCACCAUUAUUUUUUGCUGGGAUGUUGGAGGCUGUUGCAGCCGCCCUCUUAAUGAACAUUUACAUUGUUGGUUUGAAUCAGUUGUAUGAUAUUGAUAUAGACAAGGUUAACAAGCCAUAUCUUCCGUUGGCGUCAGGGGAAUAUUCAAUUCAAACUGGUGUCAUGAUUGUCGCAUCCUUUUCUGUUCUGAGUUUUGGCCUUGGAUGGGUUGUUGGAUCAUGGCCAUUAUUUUGGGUCCUAUUCAUCAGUUUUGCAUUGGGAACUGCUUAUUCAAUCAAUGUGCCCCUUUUGAGAUGGAAGAGAUUUGCUUUAGUUGCAGCAAUGUGCAUUCUUGCAGUUCGAGCAGUGAUUGUUCAACUAGCUUUUUUUCUUCACAUACAGGUUAUGUUAUAUCUAUUCCUCUUGUUGCAAGCCAAGUUGAACUUUGGAUGUCUCUUUCUACUCAUACUAUGCAUGAUCCAAACAUUCUUAUUUCUUGUGCCCAAAGCUGAUUGUCUUUUAAUAAAAAUAAGUUUUCAUUAUGCCAUUUAUUGUAUGGAUAUAAACUAA